UAUGGCCGUGCCGGUGUCAAAAGGCUCUUUUUGCGGAACUCUAUGGUCUAAGGCCGCCACCGCCAUGACCCCGGAAGCGAUCCUGGAGGUCGAGACGGCAAGAUGGCGGCGCGAGCUGCCCUGGGUGUUGUGUGCCGGCGCGCCUGGCAGGGUUCAAGAAAUUUGUCUACAAACAAUUCCAAGAACAAUAUUACUAAAAAUGGUGGAUUUCUUAGCAGUAGCAGUAUGAAGUGGGUACAGUUUUCAAACCUGCACGUUGAUGUCCUCAAGGAUUUGACUAAACCUACGAUAACCAUUUCUGAUGAACCAGAUACAUUAUAUAAACACCUGUCAGUUUUAGUAAAAGGCCAUGAUAAGGCUGUAUUAGAUAGUUAUGAAUAUUUUGCUGUGCUUGCUGCAAAAGAACUUGGUCUUUCUAUUAAAGUACAUGAACCUCCAAAGAAAAUAGAACGAUUUACUCUUCUCAAAUCAGUGCAUAUUUUUAAGAAGCACAGAGUUCAGUAUGAAAUGAGGACACUUUACAGAUGUCUAGAGUUAGAACAUCUAACUGGAAGUACAGCAAAUGUCUACUUGGAGUAUAUUCAGCGAAACUUACCUGAAGGAGUUGCUAUGGAAGUUACAAAGACAAAAUUAGAACGGUUACCAGAACACAUCAAGGAACCAAUCUGGAAAGCAAUGCCAGAGGCAAAAGAGGAAAACAAGUGAUAAGAUACUACUUGUGGGGACCAGGUGGUGGCGCACCCGGUUAAGCGCACACAUUACAGUGCACAAGGAUGCAGGUUCAAGCCCCUGGUCCCCACCUGCAAGGGAGAAAGCUUCACGAGUGGUGAAGCAGUGCUGCAGGUGUCUCUCUAUCUCCCCCUCCCAUCUCAGUUUCUUUCUGUCUCUAUCCAAUAAUAAAUUAAGUAAUAUGUUUAAAAAUCUU